AUGAACCUGUAUCUUCCGACUGUCUUCUUCUUCCUGGUGAUCCCGUUUCCUUCAGGGGACUGUGCGUUUGGGAACUCUGGUGUGGAAUUUCGUUCUUGUCUUGCACUUGAAGGCAAAUGUUUCUUUGGCUGUAAAAUAGGGUGGACAUGGGUUGCAUUCUGUCACAAUAUMUUGUCUUGUUGUGUAAAAGCAAAAAAUUUUUUGCCUCCUCAAUCCAUAGACUUAAACAAAGAGGAAGAGUAA